AUGAAGGAGAAUGGAACGUACAACGAGGUAUCGGCUCCGGCUGUACGCUUGGAAGAAUGGGAGGCACUACGAGUGCAAUGGCGCGCUCACAUCGCGCAGGGAAACCUUCCGGGAAGAAGAACAAGAGAGGCGAUCGGCCCCAGUUUCGAAGACUGGCUAGAUCGCAGUUCCGGCUUCCUCACUUACAGACUGACUCAGUUUCUAACAGGUCACAGGUGUUUUGGCACCUACUUACACAGAAUUGGUAAGGAGGAUACCCCAAUGUGUCGGUAUUGCGAUGUGGAAGAAGACACCCUAGAGCACACCCUGGAGGUUUGCCAUUUCUGGGCUCUAGAACGCGGUGAACUCGCUGCUGCGAUAGGUCAAAAUCUCUCUCUGGGAAACAUCGUUGCUCGGAUUUGCAACUCGAAAGAACAAUGGAACGCAUUUUCGGUUUUCGCUGAGCGCGUUCUCCAGCGCAAAGAGGAAGAUGAGCGAAGGAGGCAACAACAGCAAAUCGAUCCGGGAUAA